AUGGAUCAAGUUAGCCCGUCAAAAAUGGACGGGCAGCCUCCCUCCGAUGAACAAAAGGAAACUGAAAAGUUGGCGGAUAAUGAACAAUCUUCUCUCAAAGCUCAACUGGAACAGAUGUUUCCACCUUUUGAUAAAGGGAGAAUUGCUUCCAAAGACUUGUUCAAGAUAAUCGAAGCUUUCGAGUCCGAGCAAAAAACCAUUUUGUUGAAAGAUGAAGACCGGUCUUCUCUUCAAUUGUUCUGUGAACAAAAUCCUGAUAUGGAGAUUUCCGUUGAUGAUGUUCUUCAACUUGUGACUAAGCUUAAGCCUCAACAGACUGUUACAGCAUCCUCGUCAUCUAGUACUAAUGUUGUUUCGGAACAGCCAACAAAAAGUAAGAUCAAAUAUGGUUCUAUAAGAUCUGCUUGGCCCAUAAAUCGUCCUUCACCACGUAAUCAUAAAAGCAGAGAAGGCUUAUCAUCUGAAAUCGAUGGGGAAGAGUCUUAUAGUUCCUCAAGUAAUGGCACAACCACUCGUUCCAGAAGAAUGUCGUCUGGAUAUUAUGAUUCUCCUAGCGGCGUGCUUGGUUUUUCAAAACUACAUUAUGAUACAUCCGAUGAUCAUGAAAUGUCAUUCGAGGGAAGUGGCGGAUUUGAUGAAACGGUUUCCUCACUAUUACCCACAACCGCAACCGAUGAUCCUGCUGUCCAACUCAGCAGAUUAUACCGUCACACAGUUGAUCUUACAAAACGACUUAAAGAAUCUGAACGUCAUUUAGCUUCUGUUGCUCGUCAACAUGAAGACCGUAUUGAGGAACUUCAGCAUAAGCUGGAAGAAACAAAAGCGGAUCUUAUGGUUAAAAAGCGCGAAAUUCAAGAUCAUAAAAACAAAGAGAAAACAAACCUACAUCAAAUUUCUGCUUUGGAAGGUGAAGUGCAGAGAAUAGCAAAGGACUUAUCUGGUCAAAUGCAACUAUAUCAUCAAUUAAAAAGACAAUAUGAAGAACAACGCGAGGAAGCGGAGAAACUCAAGGAUCUUGUAAAGAUCAAAGAGGAAGAGUUACAUAGUACACAACGAAAUCUCAAUGUCAUGUCUUCUGAAGAAAAAAAGUGGUUAGACGAGCGCGAACGUCUGGAACAUGCAAAUUUACGUGCUGAGUUAACUGACACUGCUCUUGCCUCAAUAACUGAGGAGCAACAAGGUUCCGAUUCAAACACAGACGAACUUAGACGAUCGAACAAGGAAAUUCGGCUACGUAAUAAAACUAAUGACGAUGAAUCUUCACAUUCGCGACCUGGUGAAAUAGAAAGAUCUAGAGGCGCUGAUGAUCAUGCUCGAAGACCAAACGGUCAAAGACCAGUUCGUCGACAAGUAACAGAUUCAGGCAAUGUUUCACGUAAUUCCACAGGCAAUAGAGAUGUAGAAUCUCAAUAUCAAAUAUUGUCAUCUGAACUUGGAGUGCAAUACGCAUUGAUCGAAGGAAUUUUAAGAAAUCGAGAUUUACCUUCUCCACACGAUAGGCGAGGACAGAUACGUAACAGUCUGGAUGGCGAUAGUGCGGAUUUAACCAGAAGAUUAUCGCGUCAAUCGUCGUCUCGCAAAAAUAGACGGAAAGAAAGAGCUGACGCUCAAAACACUCAAUCAUCUAGAGCUCUUGUUUCACGAAAUAGUGAUAUGAAUGUCGCUCAACGCAAUAAUGCCAUGGUCAAUAACACU